UUCAGACAUUGACAACACCGUAAACAAUCCUUAUGGGAAAAAAGGAAUUUGAAGGUUUAUAGAUAGUUAUCCAAAUGUAAGUUAGUUCUUACGUAAGAGAAAUCAAACAGGGGUGCUCACAGCGUCACAGUGUGCUACAGUCUCUCCUUCAACACUUCUAAAGAGUCCGAUGAGAUUACUUCUAUUGUUAAGUCAUUCCACUGUUUAAAAAUGUUCUGAACCAUGCAGUAGGCAUACUAUACAGGUACGUUUAUAUUCAGUCACCGAUCCAUGUGUAUGCUGUUUUGUGAUGGUGAUAUCUUUGAUCGAAUAAUGAGCAAGCUAGGACAUUUUGACAUGAUAGCUAGCAAAACCGUUUUAUGAUGAUUUGCUUACGUCAUGUCACACAUUGUCACAAUGGGGCAUAUAGGUUCCAUUACAGGUUUUAGAAUUUUGAUAUCUUUGUAAAUAGAUUUGCCAUGUCGAAAUCUAAACAACGGGAACAAUUACCGCCGUUUGGAACUUUAGUUCGUGUUUCUGAACCCUCAGAAGAAGAUGAGAAGGGCUGUGUAAGGGUGAAGACAGUGAAAGGUUCUAAAAGUGGAAAUGACGAUGACACGCAUGAGGAAAAUGGAGUUCUAUUUUGGGUCAACAAAAGUGGAUUUCCAAUUGACAAUAGAACUUGGGAUCGAAUGUGGGAUCAUGUCUCGAGAAUACACCCAGAUGGUUACAGCAUGAUCAACAAAAUCAGGAACAAAUCUGAUUUACCUCAGAUACCAAUACAACAAGCACCGUUGAAUUUUCCAUCGUCCAUGCCAGUCCAAGAUCGACUGGACAAGGUUCAGAACUAUAUGAAGUCACUCCAAUACAACCAUACUGGGACACAGUUUUUUGAGAUAAGGAAGCAGAGGCCAGUAUCGGGGUUGAUGGACUCUGCCAGAGAAAUGAUCAAAGAAGCUCUUCCCAUCAAGUGUUUGGAGGCUGUGAUUCUCGGGCUAUUUUUGACAAAUGGUUUCCUUGGUGUUGAACGCUUUCCACUCAGUUUUAAAAGUGUAUUUGGUGGAAAUGUACAUAGACACGUGGUACUAGGUAUAUACUAUGCUGGGAAAUAUGGCUCCAUCGGCAUGAGUAGGAGGGACGAACUGAUGUACAAACCUGUUGUUUAUAAGUCUCUAUCAGAACUGGUGUUUGAAUUUGAAAGAUCUUACAAUAUGUUUAAACACGAAGUAAGAAAGGUAAAAACUGGGCUUCCGGUGCCACAUGAUCCUCACAGCUAUGAGUUUAUCAAUUGGAAGGCCCUUACUAUAAACAUGAAUAAAUCGAGCCCGAAAGAAAUAGCCAAAGAUCUUGAUGUUGUUGCCAAGGAGAUUCGAACAAAAGCACAGAGGGAAGCUCAUGACUGCACUGUAGUAACACUUUACUCCAGCCGCAAGUCCCGGUCAUGGAUGACUAAUCCUACUUCGCCAAGGAAAACAAUAACCUCCAUCGACAUGACCACUGGCAGGGACACCUAUGCAAGCAACAGCUUGAAACAAGCCUCCAAAAUUUACAGAUCACAAACAACCAUGAACUCAUUGGAUAAUGGUGCCGUGAAAAGGAAAUCUACAGAUCCAGCAGAGUAUCAGAUACGAAUAUGACGGCCAUACCAGUAAUAGACAUGUAUACAAUGAUAAAAGUUAUCGACUCAUAAGAUAUGGAAUAGUGACAGCUGACACUCAGUUAUAUGGAUGGUUCUUGCCACAUUUGUUUCAGAAAAACUAUAAAUUAAUGUAUGCAUAUGUGUGACAUCUGCAAAAUCAUUGCAUUGUACACCCGAUACUGUCAGGAGAAGUUCCGAAUAUACGUUUUAUAGCACAUCAAAAUUGUAUACCUGUGUUUGAGGAUGAGGGUGUUAAAAGAGAAAACUUUUUGCGAUGGUGAGGGUGUGUGAGGGAGUUCUUUUUAAUUUAUUUCUCUGAUGAGGGUGUGUAAAGAAAGAUUUAAGACUUGCGAAAAUGGGAGUGAUAGGAGGGAUUUAGGCUACAUGCAUGUGUAUGGGGAGCCCGUUCCAUGGAUAUGUUCUGUGAGUGAUCAUUGGAGUAUUCCGUCUUUGCGUUUUGCAGAGUUAUUUUCUCUUGUGAGCAGUUUUUGAUUGUUACGUCAU